AUGCACGUUCGCUACUUGCAGCACGAACAUUCUGGCACUGUACAGCUUUUGCUGAUGCCACUUUCCACGGCGACAUCAUUCAAAAGCACCAAAUGGACAGAAGAAGAUGGUGAAGGGGAAUGCGAUUACGUGCCACUUCCAAUCCAAACCUUCCUUUGGCGACAAACCAACCCAUUCCUCGGUGCGAAAAUAGGAAAACUUCACGAGGCUUCAUGUGUGACAUUCGAACGGGUAGUAGUACAGAAUAUCCUUCAUGGCUUAUCUCCUUCUCUAAGUGAUGCUCUUGCAAGCGUUUCACGAUGGAAACUCAUACGUGCUGCUCUUCCCCACGUUAUACAGUGUUGCGGGUCUCUUUUAAGUGCCAGUGUUGGCGAAAAAAAGCUCUCACCAUCUCUUCAAAAGAUAUUAUAUAUUUUACAUUGGAUGCUCAUCGACUCAUCUUCAGAAUGUGCUGAAUCGAGCAGCACAAAAGAUGACGCGAACUCGUUCCGAAAUCAAGGGCUCUUCAACAUUUCUACAAUUCAAUUGUUCAUAUACCUUAUUGCACCUUUAGCAGAUGUUAUAACCGAAGAAGAAAUUAACAAUAGUAUUCGAUUAGAGAGCGGGUUGAUGAUUUGGCAAGCUUUAUGGCAGUACCGCCAACCCGAUGUUUGGUGCUUCUCGGCGCCGGUCAAGCAAAAACGCGACGAGCUUCCGAUCGUGGCAUUUGUGCGGAAACAGAACCCAGGACAACAGGCGCAGAAUCAAGGAAUCUACAUUGGCGAUGAGAAACCGCGGAGGCCUUCAAUUAUUCCGCCGCCAAAGCCGCCAAGAACCGACGCGGCGGUUUUGAAUGAGAAACGGAAAAAAGAAGAGGAGAAAUUGAAAAAGCAACAAGGAGAUGUCGUUGAAAUUCCGCUGCCACAGGCUGAUGCAACAAAACCUAACGAGCUUUUGAUCGAUAUUGGAGCAAAUAGCCUCUCAACUCAUAAGAAUCCUACAAUAGUUAGAAGUGUUAGCGAAUACAAGGCUAUACAAUGCCCUCGUUAUCCCGACAAAUCAAACAAAACCGAGCCCGAUGCCUUCGAUAUUAGUCCAUCUUCUGAAGAGUCUUGCAAGUUUAUAAAUGAAGUCCAAAAUGCUGGAGCUUGCAUCGACAACGAGAAUUACUCGUUAUCUGAUGUAUUCUUUGGAGCUGAUCAAGCCCCAUUAGUCAAUUUGUCCGAUAUCUGCAGUGGGUUUUCCGCAGAAGCCAGCCUAUCAAAUGAGACACAGGCAAUUUGUGUUAAUUGCUCAAAGCCACAUCCAGUUGGAACCAAGUGCACCAACUGUGAUUCGUCUAGCAAAUCUCAAUUUCUGUCUUUCGGACUUCCAGACAAUCCGCCUUUAAUUCUAACGAGAGCUUCAACGACAGAGGAGACUAGUUCAUCUUGUUCUCAGCAAACUGUGAUUCCUUGUCCGGUCGUUGUACCUCCGCCUCCCCAACUAAGAGAGAAACCGCCAAUCUCUGAAGUCCAGAAGAGCAGUACUGAUGUUGCCGAAGAAGAAGCGAUCAGCGAUUAUUCAAGUUCCGAUCCAACUGUGGCCUCAUUCCUUGACGUCGCUGUCAUACGUGCUCUUUUGAUCACGCAUUGGCAGGAGCAAGGCGUUUAUUGGGCUUUGAAGUACAUUCUGAAUAGGCUUGAAGAAAUCAAAGUUCACGUUACAAUUCGGCAAAAUCAACGACAGAGAAGCAAUUCUCUGCCUAGUGGAGAACGAAGAAAUUCGACUUUUCAAAGUCAAAUUCCGAAUCCCACGUGGGAUGAUUUGAAAUAUAAUGAGAAAGAUGAUAAAUCACAAUUACAUGUGGCUUUCAAAGAAAACGAAAGAAGGAAUUCGACAGAGCACUUCGGAUCAACAACUCUCAGACCGUCGACAUCCUCAAGAAGUAGUUUGAAUACGCUGACUAGGAAAGAUAGAAAUCGCUCGAAUCCAUCUUUAAACAACUCCGUUGAAGUGCUGUCGAUUCGUGAUGAUGCUGAAGACGACGAUUCGAAUGUUUCCUCAAAAUCAACCGAGAAAGAAACAUCGAAGAUCAGUGCAGCUUAUUACCCAGAAGCUCUUGGUAGUACGAAUUUCAUCGAAAAGGAUGGCACAAUGUCGGCUACUGUAAUUGUGCAGACGAUCAAUCAGGUGAUGGAUCGGUGUACUGGCGUGCGACAAUGCGAACUUGCCCUGAAUAUUGCCGAUGUCCUUUUGAGGACCCCUCUCGAACAGACCGAAACAUUCUUUGUCCAAUUGAAUAUUAUGGUUUUCAAAAUCUAUCUCUGCCUUGGGUGUCCUCAUGGGUGCAACGAGGGUGUGAAAAGUCAACAUGGCGAUUUUCUUCGUGCAAAAGCCAAGUCGAUAUUGGCGGACUUGGAGAAAAUACAACCGGAAAAGUUCAAAACUAUUCUGAAUGAUUAUGUGGAUAAUUUCGGGCCGCAACAAGUCAUUGAUUUAUUACAUUCGAUAACUGCGUUUUGUAGAUCCGAAGUCUUGCAGAAUGAUCACCGAAGGGUGUCUGAUUGUCGAUUACCAUCAUAUCGGAAUAGGUUCAAUGAGAAGGAGAAUGGAAUUGAGGGGAUCAUCGUUGGGGCGACUUAUAAGAAUCUUGUUACAAAACUUGCAACAAUGACAGAUGAAUUAAUAUUACCGGAAAAUAUGAGCUUGCAGCAAGAUGUGAGAAUGCUCAUUAAUUUUGUUCAAGAGCAUCAUGGGAAUCCAUUUCGAAAAACUGGGCUCUCAGCGCUUAUCGACGCAUUCAACAAGGCAACUCCUGUUAGUGAACCCAAGGAUGACGGCGGGCGAUCGAGUCCGAACGGACCGAAUUCGAAACCCGGAGACAAAAACGAUCAAGCCUCACUACGACGGGGUCUAUUUAAAAAGAAGGAUAGGGUAAGCGGUGGAACAAUUACUGGUAAUGAUGAUUCCGAAGGCGACAGCUCGCCAUCAACUCCGCGGACAAUUUCAUCAAUGGAAGAGGGACUAGGAAGUAAUACACUGAAAAAGAAAAGUGCCCCAAAGCUUCAUUUUGCGUUCAAUCUUUUGAAAAAUGUUCGAUCUGAAAUGGAUGAAGAGAAUUCGGAUUCGGAAUGCAAUGAGGAAAGCGAAAGUGAAGUUUGUUCAAUGAAGAAGCCCGUUCAGCAAAAUGCCAAGAAUUUCAAAGUGCGUCUACCUGUCGAUUGCCGCGGAGGUUUACGCCUUUGGGGAGCAUACGUCCCGCCGCCGAAUUUUCUGAACAUUCAAGGGAUCUUUGAUGGUACUAAACGAUUUGCAUUUCUACUGGAGACUGCGAGACCUGGAACGUUUCCAGAUGCUCCAUUGAUUGCAGCCCUUCUACAUUUGAAAUCACCGGUUCUUGCACGAGCUGCCCUUCUCCUCGAAUGCUGCAAUUUUGUGUCACGCUGCAACCGCGGGCAAUGGCCCGAGUGGAUUCGAUCUUCUCAUCACAGAACAUUUAGUCUAGGCGGACCAUUGGCUAAUCGCGGAACUCCAUCGGCAACGAGACGAAUGCAUUCCCUUCAGCGACUUGCAGGAAGAUAUUUCUAUCAUUGGGGAAUUCAGAUUGGAGAGCAACUUUUCAAAAUAAUUGAUCAAAACGAGAAAAAGAAUCGAAAGACUCUUAAAAUGGAAGACGCUCUUGAAGAUUUCUUUGACGAUGGUCUCGUGAACGAUGGCAGUGGGGAACGAUGUCCGCCGGCACUGCAAUUGAUUGCUGUCAUGUUGCUUCAAGAGAUCACCGCAUUCCUACGAGAAACGUUUAAGACAAUUCCAAGAUCGAAAAACAUGAAGCCUACGGGAAGUUCUGGAUGGGACAAGCUCCUCAGUCACAGAAGAUGGUCUAUCCUUUCUAAUACGUUCAAUGCGCAACAGACUGGUUCGGUUAACAGUAUUACUGAUAUAAAUGCAUCAAUGCAUUUAAAUGAUAAGGAGCGGAGGAUUAGUUUGUCUGCUGCAGAAGAGGAUUCCCCAAGGGGAUCGAAAGAUGCGAUUGAUGAAAUUAGCGCAGUGGAUAAAAAAGGAAUUGUGAUAACUGGUAAUACAGUCCGACCGCCAUCAUUAUCCGCGCGCUUAUUCUCGCGUCAAUCAACACAUGACGAAUCCGGGGGCAGUGCCCAAGGAUCGACAAAAUCAACAACUUACGUACCAGAAACAGGAAGAAGAAUAGCCACAGGAAGACAAAGGUUGCUGAAGAGAGGAUCGCCGAUUACAGGAGGACAACCUUCUUUGGAAUCGAGUCAUAAGAGACGAUCAAUUAAAAUGCGAAAACAAUCGAAACAAGCUCAUAUCGAUGAAGAGGAGAAAUCAGAAGGAACUCCUCAUCAAUUCGGACCUCGAGAUUCUUUGAGACCUGAAGAGAAAAAUGAGGUCCCGUCACCAGUGGAGACCACUCAUCCUGUCAUUCAUCAUUCCAAUCAAUCACAUGGAAGUGCACACAGUCAGCAAGUGAUUCCGAAGACGGCGAUGGAUGACGAAGAGCAGCACAUGUUGUCGAAUCUGCCAUGGAUUCGAGUAUUAAUCAAAUUUGCGAACUCAUUUGAUUUGGAGUGUGCCCAUGAUGGAUAUUGCACAUCCAGAUGCUUUCAGAGAGUUCAUCGGCAAUCUUAUAGGCUCAUUGAAUCUCUAUCAACUAUGUAUGGUCUUAAAAGAAAUGUAAAGACACGAAUCGACAAGAGAAAUUUAUUGACGACAAAUUGGCAAUCAAAACAGCAAGCACUUCGACGGAGCAUACAUACUCGACAAUCGACGGCCGUGCCACGACGAGAAAGUGCAAUGGUCGGACAGCCGGAAUUUGCAAGCAAGGCAAUCAAGGCGCUUCUUAUGGAGAAAAUGAUGCAGGAGAAAGAGAAAGAAAAAGAAAAGGAGAAGGAGGAUAAAGAAACUCAGAAGAAGUCGUCGGUUGAGCAGGACGGUGCUUCCGAUUCUACUGACGAUGAUGAGGCGGCACCUGUGGAGACUAACAAGGCAAUGAUAAACUAUCUUCGGUCGUUAGUGCUAAAGCUCACGCAUACACCUUUAUCUUCGGUGUUGAAAAGUUGUCUGCUUCUGAACAAUGAGCAGUACAAGCAGAUGCUGAAAAUAUCUUGGAACUUGCUUGGUCAUGAAGAUGCACACGUCGUAGCUAGCGCUGCCUCGAUGUUUAUUGCUUCAAGCGUCAGAAGAACAGAUGACGCUUUGGCAAUAAUGAGAAAGGCAAUUGAAUCUGACAAUGCGACUGAACGGACGAAUGCGAUUCAAAGAUUUUACACACUUUGGCGGAAUCGUUUUCAUGCGUGGCUCAAGAUGGAAGAAGGAGCUCAGUCUUCAUUUAAAGUGCCUCCCCCUGGAAUCGAUUUUACACUUCCUUCGCCUCCCAUCGGACAGAGCCAGCUGCCUGUUGUUGAUCCGCCAUGGAUGCCUCAUUUGAAGACGAAAAUUGAGGAAUUGUCGUUAAAAGAAGAGGAACAUGCCACCUCUCAAACUAUCAUGACGAUGACAAGAACUCGACGAAAGCAGAAGCAAGAAAUGGUGAAACGAGCCGUUCGUGAGGCAGAAGAACGACAAUGUGAACAAAGGCAAUUGUUUCGAUUACGUAGCUCUGCAAUUGUAUCACUGGCGGCUUACGAGCCCGCGUUGUUUCAUCAUCAGCAAGAACAGAAUGAAGAAUCGGAAGCAAAUCCUCAUACACGACACGUUAUGCCAGUUGCUCAACCAUUAUUCCCAUCAUCACUUCUUUCGAUUGUACCUACAUUGAUCGACAUGCUUGACGAUCCGCAAGUAGAUCAGAACGGAGUUUCAGUCGGCGAUGUUGCGAAAAAAGUCAUUUGGUCCUGCAUUGUUGAAGAUCCUUCGCUGUUUCUUCGACAUUUUCUUGAGAAAUUAACUCAUCGCGAUCGACAGGAAGUUUUAAUGUCGCAACUUCGCAAAUUGGUGCUACGAUUCCAUCCGUUGCCAAGUCAAACAGCACAUUCACUUCUGAACUACCUGUUUGGUUUUGUGAUGCACUAUGUCCGUGCCCAAUGCGAAGGAUCCGAACGAGCUAUUGGAAUGGCAUUGUCUUUAUGCUGGCUUUUGUCUCCAAAUAUUCAUGGUCUCUAUUUCAAAGAUUUAAAGCAGACACUGAAGAAGGAGCAAUGCGAUCAGGCUCUCAUGAUCACGGCCAACGUGCCUUCGGCCAAGAAAAUCAUUGUGCAUGGACUAGAUAGCGGAUCCGGUGGAAUUCCUAGCCAAUUUCCGGUUCACGAGGAUACCCAAUUCCAGCAAAUUCUCAACGACAGUCUGGAAUUCUUCAAUAUUGAAGAGGAUGACAUGAAUAAUUAUUAUCUUACCGACACCAAGACAAAUACUAUUCAUUUACCAUUUUCUUAUGUCAGGGACUAUUAUUUCUUCCACAGAUCGUUUUACCCGCAACUCACUUUGGUUAAGUUAGAUCCUGAGGAAGCUCAUAGACGAAUGAGGGAGACUGCGUUUAAUCAAAGAUUCAUUGAAGCUGGAAAAGUUCUUCUCACUCACAAUAUUUUGAAGUACAGUCCGCAGAAUGUGAUUGCCCAACGAGUAUUCUUUUUGCACGACGAAUUUACACAUCUGCCAUCUUUUCCACGAAAAAGCCUUGAAACUUGCUUUGGCAUGUUCCAUGGUCCGAUGGGAGAACAGCUGAAAGCGAUGGAAGCGGUUCACAAAUUUGUGUGGGCGAAACUAAUGUCAGACAUGUUCGAAAAAAUGGAAAAUGCGUUCAUGUUCGCCGAUCUUCAUCUAUUCAUCAAUGUUAUCAAUGGCAUCAUGAUCAUGCAUUGCGAAGAUGUGUUGAUUCUCAGAAGAUGUGCAGCAACAUACAUUUCGAUAUCUAUUCACUUCAGCACAUUGUUCGCCAGUCAAGGUUUUUUCCUGAUUAUGCCAACUCUUCUGCGGUGCUAUAGUCAACGACAAACGAAUCGAGUGUUUUGCUCUGUUGUUGAAUUCCUGUGCCGCCAAUUCUACACACUUCAUCGCAAACCAUUUUUGCUGCAAAUGUGCGGAGCAAUUGCGAACAUCAUCGACAACAACAACAAUGAUUUUGAGAUUAAUCCAAUGAGAGUUAAAGCAAAGUAUUGGUUCAAUUUGGUGAAGAAGAUGGAGGAUGUAUCAGAAGACGACCAACUCGAUAUUUUGGGACUGGUUCCUUAUGAGAAACCCCUAAAAGCUCUCGAUCUGUGCUAUCGCGAUGAUCCGAACACAUUUUGCGUUUUGACCGACGCGAUGGCAAGCUGCAUUUGUGUUUGUGCAUUUGCUCCGGAAAGUAAGCGAAGUCAUCAUAUGCUGUUGAUAAUGCAAGCUAUGCUACCGCAUAUGAUGAAGCGAUUAGAAGAAGAGACAUUAGAGUCGGGCAACUCGUCAUCCGCGGUGAAGCACGAAAUCUCGCAGUGGAUCACACUUGGCGUUGAAAUGAAGGCCCUUAUAAAUAGUUGCGAAACACUAGCAAGAGGUCCUCAACGCACUUUUGACAUUGUGAACAGCGUUUCUGAUAGAGGGAAAAGCUUUGUGGCUGAUUCCCCACAAUUUUUUGAUCCGCCAACCACGAAUGAUGAUGAAAAUACAAGACCAUUUCAUUUAAAGGAAAAAAAAUCAACCGCGAUUGGUUGGGAGGCUGCAGAAGUUGAAGAACAGCAGAAAGAAGCAUACCGUCGACCGCGUGAUACACUUCUGCAACUUACUGCGACAUACAUUGAGACAGCUGCUAUUCGAUUGAAAGAAUUGACAAAGUUAGGCGCCAGUUUGGAACAUGCCAAAAUACCAGAAGUGCUUGAUCAUCGUUGCUAUGUUAAACUCGGCGAAAUUGCGUUGGCGCUUUUGAAAAUUGCGCCAUAUGAUUUGGCGACAAUGUCGUGCAUUGGACUCCAAAAGUAUUUUCAAUCGAUACUUCCGGUAACGGAUUGGUCAAUUGAAUCAAACCGAUCUGCGCUGAAUAUUAUUCUAAGACGAUUAGAUAAGACUCUUGCAAAAAUCGCAAAACGACAAUGUUUUCGAAGAAGAGUGAACUGGAAUGCGCUAGCCGCCUGGAUUAAUGGAAUCUGUGAUACGUUAAACGCGUUUCCUUAUAUAGCGCAUUUGCACCCAUUAAAGACUAUAACCCAGUUAUGCCUCCGCAUAAUGGUCGGAGACCCAUGUGUCGAUGAAGGUACCGCCACUUCGAAUGCUCUUCAUCCUGCAACCGUACUACAUCAAUCAGCACCGCCUCAAGUUUUCUCCAAUUGUGUACUGAGGCUUACAACAAUUCUUAUGCAGGCGUUGGGGCAGUUUGCAUUCUCCUUGGAAUUUGUAACAUCUACUGAUGGGAUGGGACCUUCUGCUGAGAGAUUGGAAGCAGUGUUGUGCCAUAUCUUGAUUCCGCUCUUCCUCAGAGUUUAUAACAAUCCGAAAGAACAAUCGAUAUUUCAAGCAAAGGACUUAUCCCAAUGUCUCUCAAUGAUGCAUAAUGCAAUCUCUCCGCCUCUAGUAAAACAGAGUGCCCCACCAUUAAUAAGUACAUCGAACUUGACAACAUCCUUUAUUCGCGGUGCACAAGAUGUUAGUGGACGUCAGGGAUCGGUUUCCGUCACCGAUCGCGGACAUUCAGCGACUGUUUCAACUCAUCGGAUUGUUCGCGAGAGUGUAUGUCAAUCCAUAUACUUAGGUUUAAAAGUAAUGAUGCUCACAUUUGGCAAACUUUUGACAUCGCUGUGGCCAAAAGUCUCACGAAUUAUCAAAGAUUUACUGGCGAAAAAGCCUGGAGCACCCAGUGCGGUCGCGUUUGUCGAAUUUCUGCUGAAUUCAAACUUGCCGAUUUCUCUCUUCAUUCUUCCCAUGAUCCAAAACAAGAUGAAGCAAAAAGCUUCAAACGAAAUUGAAGCGAAUUGGCAGUUUGAAAUCAUUGAAAAGCUGGAGUCAACCUCACACCUAAUCAUUCCAACUCAAGUGCUCAUCGUCAAAUGUCAACAUGAGCUUGUCCAGCUCCGAGAAGAAUUGUCAAUGAAACCGAUGGAAAUGGCUAGAAGCUACACACCGACGAUGGUCGACCCGCAUUCUGACUCUUCAGCAGCAUCAACGGCACCGCGAGGAGCCGCUUCUCGACAAAGCAUUGAUCGAAGGACCAGUGUUCACGCGAAAAAAAUUCUUCAUUCAAUGAAAGAAGACUCGGUGAUUCCUGAAGAUGUCGAAGACGAAAAUGUUUCGUCCGACAAGCGGCAAGAAUCGUCAAGUCCUCUACCGGGUGUCACCAAAAGUCCUAGUGUUCCAUUUAAUAAAGCUCAACAAUCAUCAAGAACGAGGUCUGUUAGCGGAUUUGGAAUGUGGAGAAGUGUCCGCAGAAAAAGUCGUCACAUCUCCACCGAUGAAUCUUCGGAUGAACGCGGAUCGGUGGAAUUACACGAACUCCCGCCAUCCAUGCAUCAUGCACAUGUAUAUAAUACAACAAUUAAUGAGGUUCAACGAACCCCUAGUAGGCGUUCGACGGAAGCUCUAGUGUUACCACUGCACGAAAGCAUCGACACUAAUCGACAUAGAUUUGUCUCCUUCUCGACGCCAAAGAAAACUCAAAAUCGAGACGAGGACGUAUUCCAUAUCACCGAACAACAUCAGCUAGUCUAG